AUGUCGGCCGACCGCUCUCACAGGGACGACGAUGACAUAACCCACCCACUCCACGACGCCAACCUCGACACCCCCGAUAGCCACCACCACCACCACUACUCCCCCGAAGCCUUCGACUUUGGCGAGCUCUUCGGCCACUACAGCGCCCCCGCCGACGAGGGCCAAUUUGACGACGUCUACCGUGCCCCGCCCGUGCCCUACUCCACCGGCUUCUUCGACCACGUCCUCAAUCCAGCCGGGCUCGAUCACGGACGCUAUUCACCCUUCGCUUGGCGCCCGUACAGCCCAUUCACCGGAGAGAUGCCGCCCGCCACACGCGCACGACCACAGGGCUCACGCCCUGACCGUCUCGCAAAUGGCUACGUCGACCUCACCAGCGCCCCCGAGUCACCACCGCGGAGAAGGAAGCCGCAGUCGCCCACCCCGGGCCCCUCAGCGAAGCGCCAGAAGCGGGACGACGGAUCAGCAGCGGAGGUCAAGCAGCAGAGCGCCGAGCCCGAAAAGAUUGAAGAGCUCGACUUGACGGAGCAGAAGACGCCGCUGCAAGAGGCUCUGCAGAAGCAGCGCGAGGAUGCUGUCAAGGCGCAGGCAAAGCCAGAGGAGACCGUCACUACCUUCAACUCGUUCAACUGCGUCAUCUGCAUGGACAACCCCACAGAUCUUACGGCGACUGCGUGUGGUGAGUACAAUCCAUGCCAUCUCAAGUGUUUCACUAAUUGUCCAGGCCACCUCUUCUGCCACACGUGCCUCAUGGAAGCCCUCAUCGCCGGCGAGAACCGCACCGGGCCCCACGAAACGAAGCGCUCUCAGUGUCCCGUCUGCCGAAAGACGAUCAGCCGGAAUAAAGCGACGGACGUGAUACCUUUGCUGCUGAAGAAGGGUCUGGCUACACAGCCGAGGAAGAAGGUGGUUGCACCAGCUGCAGCACCCGCACCCAAGGUAGCUUGA